ACUUCCGCCGUGACAAGAGGUUGACCCCCCGGCCGGAUGUUCAUACCUCAGCGACCAUCAGCGGUAUGUCACUAAGUCAUGGCUUCAAGAACAGGGUUGAUCUACGAUGAACAAAUGAUGAACUACAACCUGCUGUGGGAUUACCCAGCUUGCAGUAUUGAAAAACCAGAGCGACUGUCUGCUUCCUAUGAGAAACUGCAAUACUAUGGCCUUGUGGAAAGAUGCAUCCCACUAUCUGUUCGAGAAGCCAUCGAAGAGGAAAUUAUGUUGGUUCACAGUUUGGAUUAUAUAGAAGCUGUGAAAUCUAGCGCUUCUAUGACUGUUGAAGAGCUGAAGAUUUUUUCAUACAAUUAUGAUGAUGUUUAUUUUCACCCUAAUUCUUAUCAAUGUGCCAAAGUGGCUCUGGGAGCAACUCUACAACUGGUUGAUGCAGUGAUGUUGGGUAACGUAAGAAAUGGGAUGGCAUUGGUCAGACCUCCAGGUCACCACAGCCAGAAGAGUGAAGCUUGCGGAUUUUGUAUCUUCAAUAACGUAGCUAUAGCAGCAAAUUAUGCAAAAAAAAUAUAUGGAACGAAGAGGAUUCUGAUAGUUGAUUGGGAUGUGCAUCAUGGCCAAGGAACUCAAUACACAUUUGAGGAGGAUCCCAGUGUUCUAUACUUGUCAUGGCAUCGUUAUGAAGACCAGCAGUUUUGGCCCUAUUUAAAGGACUCUGACUACAAUGCUGUUGGAAAAGGCAAAGGGAUAGGAUUCAACGUAAAUAUUCCAUGGAACAAGACUGGAAUGGAAAAUGCUGACUAUCUAGCAGCUUUCUUCUACAUUUUACUUCCUUUGGCUUAUGAGUUUAAUCCAGAAUUGAUUCUGGUUUCAGCUGGAUUUGAUGCUGCAAUUGGAGAUCCUGAAGGUGAAAUGCAUGCUACACCUGAAUGUUUUGCUCAUCUGACUCAACUACUGAUGCCACUAGCUAACGGGAAGCUCUGUGUUGUUUUAGAGGGAGGAUACAAUUUGCGUUCCCUUUCAGAAUCUGUCUGCAUGACUGUCCGGGCAUUACUGGGAGACCCUGUGCCUCCAUUGAUUGGGGAAAUGGUGCCAUGCAUAAGUGCCAUAGAAUCUAUUCAGAAUGUGAGAGCUGUACAUCAAACGUACUGGAACUUUUUAAAGAAUCAAGACAGUAUCUUUUUUAAAGAUCCAAGCACCAAGAAACUGAACCUUGGUAUUGAAGAAGGUGACUCUCAGUCAAGUACAGCUACAACUGCAGAAGAGAAGAAAGUGACGAUGGUCUCUAACAUGAACCAAGAUUUUGAUGAGUUCAUGGAUUCCCACAUGAGGAAGGUUCUAGUGUUAGCUCCCCAUGUAAGAACUGCAUUGGGCGGAUGUGGAGAAAAGCUAACAAAAUUGGACCAAUGCCUUCAAGUAGAAGAGAGGAAAAUCACCAUGGAAGAAGCUGGCAUUCUCAUCAGCAGCGGAGAUUGUGCACACCUGAAGGAUGAAUAUCUUUUACUGUCCCUGGGAAAAAUGUUUCCAGUGAUUAAUAAAAUCAUGAAAAAGGAGGUUAAAAAUGGUGUUGUGGUGUCUUCCACAUUGUCAUCUGCUGCCUUUGCAGCACAUUAUGGUACAACAGUUGGAGCAAGCAGAGUUUUACUUCUGCUGCUUGGGGAAGCUGAUAUUCCAACUGAUGUUAAAGAGGAUGAAAAAAUCCUAGUGGUACAGAUAUACGGGAAGCAGGAUGAGAGGAAGCAAAGCAAGUACUACAUUCCAUUUUGCUUGAAAGAGGAUAAUGAAUGGGAUGGGGAUCUUCUUUACUCGCUCUUUGAGGUUAUUCUGCCUUUGGCAUGCAGAUAUAAUCCUGAACUGGUGAUUUUGGCAGUGGGAUCUAACAUUGGAAUUCAAGAAGUUACAUUAGCUCACUUGACACAUUUGCUCCAGGUGCUUGCUGAGGGUCGGAUCCUUGUAAUAAGCCAGGAUUCUGACCUUGUGGAGACUUUGAUGAGUUCUUUGCUUGGUGAUCCUUUAUCUACAAUGAGUUCUUUUGUUCUGCAACAAGAAAACGCACUGGUAUUGAUGAAACUUAGACGAGAACUGAAACAGCACUGGAAAUUGCUUUAGACCGGAGCAAUCUUCUACGCCAUUUUGAAGAUCCCAUCUGUUAGACCAGGCCCUGUUGACAAGACUUAACUGUGCCUCAAGAUCCAACUUGAGAUUCCACCAGAUAUGGAAGGCUCUUCAAAUUGUGUUCAUUUUCUUAUGCGCACAGAAACUAGUAGGCACAUUAGAGAAGAUUUGUUUCAUAUUCAAAAAACAAUUACUAAGAAACUGACUACUGUGUACCAAUGAAACCAUUAAAUAAUUCAGUAUCAUUUUUUAAAAUUCAUUUUCAGUGACUAUAAAUCUAAUUGCUUACAAUUGGAGGACUGGAGGCUUAUUUUGGUCGUAAACCCAUUUUCGGCUUUAGUAUUAAAACUGCAACAGGUUUUAAUUCUUAAACAUAUGGAGGAAUGCUUCUGGAAAGAAAUAAGAAUCAAUUAUGUUCUCUUAUAUUGGCCAGUUGCUUUGGAUCAUAGCAGAAAUUUGAAGCCUAACCUCACCAGCGUAAUUUUAAAUGAACUUUGGUGUAAUUUCCUGAUUGUGUCCAAAGUGAAUUUUGAUUCUUGUUACAUCUGAAUUUAACUUGCAUUGUCAUAUUUACAAGGUUGUGUAUCACGGAGUUGUGCUUUGUUUCAUUGUUCCCUGUUUAUGUGCAUGUUCCUACUUGCAGUUACAGGAACAAGGUUCACAGUAAAUAGCUGUGAUCUGUUGUCAUACCAAAACAGCGCUGGAUGAUGAAAAUUUAUUUGGCCCAUAUUUGCUAUAGCAGGCAUGGCAUCCGCUGUUAAGACCUGCCCUUGCACAUUGAGACUUUUUCAGGUGGCAAGUUGUUGAAAGUGUGAGCUGAUAAAAGCACAGCAAGUGCAAGCUGAUAAAUGCAACACCAGGCAUCUGGGAACAGGACUAGCAAAAGUGUCAAUCCUUAACCAAACAAACAGAAGGAUUGUGAAAUAAACCAUGCUACGAUUGGGUAAGAAAUGUGAAUUAGAGUAAAAGAAUUCAAUGUCAAAUCAAAUACUGAAAGCAAAAAUGGUGAGAAAAAGGAUUGGAUUAAGAGAGUAACAGAAAUUUUUUUUUAGACUCUUACAUCUUUCAAAUCUCCAACAAUUAAAACUUGAAUGAACGAGACCCCACAUUUGUAAGUUAAUCUUCAGUGUCUGUGGUUGAUUUGCAGUAAAUCAACACUUAUCACAUCAUUGAAAGGGGACAUGCAUUUGAAAUAACAACAUCUAUGGAUUUCGAUGGUGACACAGACAGUGAUAUGUCACUUUCAAAGUUAAUGGCACAACUGGGGCCACAUCUUUUGAAUUUCUGUUUAACUGUCCUUGUCCUUGUCUGAAGUUUUGCCAUCGGCCUUUCCAUUAUUUUGACAGUUAGUUACUUAUAGACCUAUCACUGAAAGUAAAGAAAAUGCCAAAGCGUCGUACUUGGAAGAAUUUAUAUACAGCAAUGUAUUUCUGUAAUUAUAUACACAACAUAUUCUGCAGCUAAUAAUGUAAAGUUGACAGACCAAUAGUAUAAUUCUAACCUACAUGACAGAUAUACAUUAGUUUACAAUAUUAAACAUUUAUAUUUACAAUAUCUAGAGCAUCUAAAAAGGAGUGCGUUAAUGUAUCCUACAAGUACAAUAUUACAAAUCGAACAUCUUUCUAGCAUUUAUGUUGUUUCCAUUUACGGGCGGCAAGUGUCAGUUGAGUAUCCUUUUUGUGCCACAAGUAGAUUUUGUUUACUAUUAUAUUGGUGUCCUGAACAUUGCCAAUGAGGACAUACUGUACGCCUCGGUUGCUACUACGAAUCAUCUUGUGGGCGCAGUUUGCAUUGAUAAGGAGCCAUUGCUGAAUAAUAGUGCGUGUUCCAAAGGAAAACAGCGAGCCAGGGCUGAUCAUCUCUACCCGCCCUUCCACAUCAUAUUCAGAAUCUCCUGAGGCACCCUUUCUUCGUGCUAGUGUAACUUUCACAGCUGUGGGCAUAGCAACAAGGGACCAUCGUUUACUGUUAUAUCAUACAUAAAUGCUAUCAAAGUCAAAGGACUUCAUUUUACAAUGCAAAAUAAAUACUUAGUUUCUGUUGCCA